CGGGAGGGGCGGAAGUGACGGAGGCGGCCCGGAGGGCAGUGCGCGGCCGGGAAGGGCCGCUCUCGGCAGGAGCCUCCCCGGCAGGAGCGUCGUGCGCCGGUCUCCGGUGGGCCUUCCUUCCUUCCUUCCUUCCGCCUUGGGGCAGCCUGGCGGCGGCAGGAUGACACCAUGCUCCCCGACAGCCUCCUGUACGAGAUCUUCCGCUAUCUAGAGCCCCCGGACGUGCUCUCCGCGGGGCGCGUGUGCCGGCAGUGGCGCUCGGUGGCCCGGGACGAGGUCCUGUGGAAGGAGCUCUUUUACCGGUACUACGGGGUAGCCCGGGACGUCCCGCGACACCCAGCUGCCGCCUCUUGGUACGGGGAGUUCCAGCGACUCUACGACACCAUCCCCUGCGUUGAAGUGCAGAGCCUGAAAGAGCAUGGGGACCAGGUCCUCCACCUCAGCUUCUCCCACAACGGCUACCUGUUUGCCUCCUGUUCCAAGGAUUGCACCGUCAAGAUCUGGCACAACGAUCUCCAGGUCUCACUGCUGCAUAGCACCAGCAUGAAGAAAUACAACUGGAGCUACACUCAGUUCUCGCAGUUCAACGCAGAUGACUCCCUCCUCUUGGUCUCCGGAGUUUUUAUGGGCCCCCGUACCUCCUCGUCUGGGGAGAUUGCAGUCAUCAGCCUGGAGAACUUUGAACUCCUGUCCCGAGUCCGCAAUAAGCCUUAUGAUGUGUUUGGCUGCUGGCUCAACGAGACCAACCUGAUUUCCAGCAAUCUGCACCGCAUCGGGUACCUCACUUCCUGCUCUGUGUUGUGGCUGAACAAUGCCUUCCAGGGCGUCGAGUCUGAGAAUGUCAACGUGGUGAAACGGCUCUUCAAAAUCCAGAAUCUGAACGCCAGCACCAUCCGGACAGUCAUGGUGGUGGACUGCAGCCGCUACGACUCCGCUGACGGGCCACUGAGCGCUGGAGAGCAGAUGGGGGACGACCCUGCUGCUCCCUGCAAGGAGAGCAACAGUGAGGAGACGGAGGAGGAGACGCCCGAGCCAAGCGGUUUCCCAGUGGCCAAAGGCGAGGCAGGGGCCGAAAAUGGGCUGGACCGCUUCCUGAGCGACAUCAUUGCGGGACACGUCCGGCCAAUUAUGACGGAGAUGGAGAUGGAGACGAAAGUGGCCCAGCUCCUGGCCCAGAACAGGACAAAGCCCCCGGAGCCCAACCUGCUCUCCCUGCAGGGUGGAAACAAGAAAUACUUGAUCUUCACCACUGGCUGUCUCACCUACUCCCCACACCAGAUUGGAAUUAAGCAGGUCCUUCCCCACCAAAUGACAACCGCAGGGCCUGUUCUAGGAGAGGAGAGGAAUUCGGACAAGUUUUUUGAUUCACUGGAUCACGUCAUAGAUAUUCACGGGCACAUUAUUGGCAUGGGGCUCUCCCCAGACCACAGGUACUUGUAUGUCAACAGCCGCGCUUGGCCCGAGGACUGCAUCAUUUCCGAUCCUUUGCAGCCGCCCCCCAUCGCUGAGGAGAUUGAGCUGCGUGUGGUGGACCUCAAGACCAUGAAGGAAGCCAAGCGGGCAUUGCGGGCCCACCGGGCUUACACACCCAGCGAAGAGUUCAACUUCAUUUUCCUAGACGUCAGCAGGGACUUUGUGGCCAGCGGGGCUGAGGAUCGCCACGGGUACAUCUGGGACCGGCACUAUGACAUCUGCUUGGCCAAACUGCAGCAUGACGACGUGGUCAACUCUGUGGCCUUCAGCCCCGUGGAACAGGAGCUCCUCGUGACAGCCAGUGCCGACAGCACCAUCAAAGUGUGGCGCUCUCCCCGCACCGUGCGGGUCCUUCAGGCCGAGAAGCCCCGGCUUCGUAGACGUCUCUUCUCCUGGGCCACGAAGCAGAGAACGUGAGCCAGGCAGGGCGUGCUGCUUCGGGCCGGCAGGGCCAACUUCUGGCAAGCGACUGGCCUGUCCCCCUGACCUUCACAGAUGCCCUGCUUGGGGUGAGGCCUGGAAGAAGAUGCACCAAAGAACGGAGCUGCAGGCUGGCUGGUGCCCGUUUGAGCAGCGCGGAAGAUUUGGCUGAGAGCCUGCUUGCAGAAGGGCCAGAAACCUCUGGGGAGGCUUCUCCCCCAUCCUGCAGGCUGAAAUGUUUACAUAGGAUGCUGGCAACCCUCUGGUGUGUCUCCUGGGCCUUGAACCAGGACCAGCACAAAUUGAGCCAGGAAACUCAAUUUUAACCCUGCUGAAUUUCUGCUCAGUAGGGAGGUGAGAGAAAAAGCAGAAUAGCAAUGUAGUCUUUCUUGUGGCUGGUGCACUGCGCUGGAGCUCCCUCAGUGCCUCUGCUCCAUUCAGAAUGGUCUUAUUGAUGCUUGGCGUGGCGGGGAGGGCCCCUUCAAAGGUUUGGAGCUGCGGCCUGCUGGAGCCCCUGGGAAGGAGCACACAUGCACCCCUACCCUUGGCUUGAGGGGGAUUACCCCCCUCUGGAGGUUCUUCCAUGUUGCCUGCAAGGUGGUACAUUUUCUUUGGGGGGGGGUGCUAGAUAUGAAGACACAACCAGUGUGAAUAGCACUGGUGGGUAACACUGAGAUGCCGGUAAAGCUUUGUGAAGUAGAAAGGUGUCCAAGUGUGUGGUGUAUGUGGAAAGGUGUUCUGACCCCUGGAGAUGCAGCUCUGGAAUUAGCCCUCACCUCUGCUCAAGAAUGUGUUUGGGGGGGGGGUCAGGCAGCUUCCAGCUCCCACCAACCUUGGAUACCUGGCACAGCAUGGCUUGGUCUUAAUAAACUUUGCUUGAGUUGCUG